AUGGCGGUAGGUGUCCUGACCCAGCAACAACUCAGACUAAGAGGACUAGGUGCCGAGGCUAACCAACUUCUGCAGUGGCGCAGACUAGGUGCCGAGGCUAGUCAACUUCCCCAGCCAUGCAGACUAGGUGCCGAGGCUAGUCAACUUCCCCAGCCAUGCAGACUAGGUGCCGAGGCUAGUCAACUUCCCCAGCCAUGCAGACUAGGUGCCGAGGCUAGUCAACUUCCCCAGCCAUGCAGACUAGGUGCCGAGGCUAGUCAACUUCCCCAGCCAUGCAGACUAGGUGCCGAGGCUAGUCAACUUCCCCAGCCAUGCAGACUAGGUGCCGAGGCUAGUCAACUUCCCCAGCCAUGCAGACUAGGUGCCGAGGCUAGUCAACUUCCCCAGCCAUGCAGACUAGGUGCCGAGGCUAGUCAACUUCCCCAGCCAUGCAGACUAGGUGCCGAGGCUAGUCAACUUCCCCAGCCAUGCAGACUAGGUGCCGAGGCUAACCAACUUCUGCAGUGGCGCAGACUAGGUGCCGAGGCUAGUCAACUUCCCCAGCCAUGCAGACUAGGUGCCGAGGCUAGUCAACUUCCCCAGCCAUGCAGACUAGGUGCCGAGGCUAACCAACUUCUGCAGUGGCGCAGACUAGGUGCCGAGGCUAGUCAACUUCCCCAGCCAUGCAGACUAGGUGCCGAGGCUAGUCAACUUCCCCAGCCAUGCAGAUUAGGUGCCGAGGCUAGUCAACUUCCCCAGCCAUGCAGAUUAGGUGCCGAGGCUAACCAACUUCUCCAGUGGCGUAGACUAGGUGUCAAAUCUAACCAACUUCCCCAGCCGCUCAACUAG